CCACUUCUGCAAACUUAGGACGUGCCGCGAGUGGCUCCAAACUCGUUUGGCCCAAACUCUGCUGAAUUGUUGGCCGACAAGGGUCGUUUGUGUCGACAUAUCAUAACUGUAUCGAAUGACUUGAUUUUGGAGGAGCAGGCAAGCAGUCGUGGCCCACAGCUCGCUGCGCGGAGGAACGAGAGGCCCGCAAAUGCUGGGCCAGCCAUAGCAGCCUGCUGGCGAUAUGUCAGUCACCACUCGUGUUACUGACGAUGAUACGGCCGGGCUGGCUGGGGGCCCGCCGCUCCCCCUCGGCCUCACGCUCGCGGAUGUCAACUGCCCCAUCUGCGUGGAGACGAUUUCGGACCCGUUUGUCACCUCGUGCGGCCACACGUUCUGUUACCAAUGCAUCACAACACAGCUGACACACAAGAACAGCUGCCCGUCGUGCGGCGCGUACCUCACAGCAGACCACAUCUACCCCAACUUCUUGCUCAAUAAGAUCCUGCGCAAGGCUGCCACCGCCACCGCACCCACCAGCACCUCCCUGCUGGACCAGGUCCAGCGCCUGCUAGCCGACUGCAUGGGCGGUCCGGGGCAGGAUGCGGCAGUAGCCGGGCCGCAUGGUGCUACAACUGGCCCGCCAGCGGCUACAGCCACAGCAGCAGCGGCAGUUCCCGGCGGCGGCUCAGCCUCUGGCAGCCACGGCCAGGGCGGCGGCGGCGGCGGCGGCGGCGGCGGCGCCAGCAGCCGCCGGGCGGACAGCCUCAUAAGCGGGUUGAUGGGUGGGCGGGGACACGGGCUGUUGUCGAGCGGGCAUCACAGCUCGUACCAGAGCCAGCAGCAGCAGCCACAGCGGCUGCGGCUGCGGCUGCGAGACAUUGACGCCGUGCUGGAGGCGCUGUAUGACGCGCGGGAGGAGCUGGAGCGGCGCGAGAGCAGUGACGUGCUGCACCUGCUGCUGUGCUUCCUGCAGCACGCCAGGGAACAGAAGUCGCGGCAGAUGGCAGAGCUGCGGCAGCAGCUUGCGAGCCUGGAGUACGACAUCAUGGCCGUAGCAGGCGCGGCGGGGCCGGCAGUAGCAGAGUCCGCACCGGAUGGCGGCGCGGCAGCUGCUGGCGGCGCGGCGGCAGGCACAAACGCUGGCGCAGCACAGGCGCCACAGGAGCUUGCUACAGGUGCAGCUGUUGCAGGUGCGGAGCAGCAGCCACAGCAGCAGCAGCAGCAGCAGGAGCAACAGCAGCAGCAGUUGGGGCCGGAAGGAGCAAAUCAGGAGCAGGAGCGGAAGGAGGCGGAGGCCGAGGAGGAGUCGCCAGCUAUGCUGGCGCGCUCGAGCAGCAGCUGGUUGCAACGCGCGCACCCGCACCUCCAACCGGCUGCUGCUGCAGCGGCAGCAGCGGCUGCAAACGCCGGCGUAGUCGGUGACAGCACCGGCGUUGGGGACCCCGGCGUCGGGGCGGCAGCUGCGGCAGCCGCGGCGUCGGUGCAGGGCCAGCGGCGGGCCCCGCCGGUGCGGCGCGCAAGUCUGCGGCUGCACACGAUCACGCCAGGUGGCGGCAUCAGUUCCGUCACUGUGGACACCACUACACUGAUGGAGCCAGAGCACACGGCGGCGGCGCUCAGCGAGGCAGUGCAACACGCGCUGGCGGCGGCGCGCGCGGGCAGCGCCGGCGGCGGCGGUGGCGGCCGUACCAUGAGCGGCGGCAGCGUCACGAUGAGCGGUGCAGCUGCGGGUGGCGUGGCAGGCGGCCGGGGGCGGGUGGCAGACGAGGAGGCGGAUGGCGAAAGCGUGGGCGUGGGUGGCAAAGGAGCCCUCCGGGUUGGCGCAGCAGCGCUGGUGUCAGCGACGGCGGGUGCUACUGAGGACGCUGCGGCAGCGGCGAGGCCGGGGCCAACGCCAGGGCCAGGGCCCAGCUCGGUAGCUGCGGCCGGCUUCGCAGCAGGCGGCUUGCGACGGGGCAUGCCGCGCUGUGGUAGUGCUGACAACUUCCAGCUGUUGCUGGGCCGGUCGCUUGGGGGAGCGGCAGCGGCAGCAGAUGGCAGUGCCGCGCUGUCUGGCGAUGGAUGUGCAGUUGGCAGCGGCGGCACCGCGACUGGCGACGACGGCGGCAGUGCGCUGAGCGGUGCGGCGUACUCGUCUGGGGGCAGCGGUGCCGCCGCCACAGCUACUGCGGCUGCGGCUGCAGCUGCCUUGGCAGCCACAGCUUCCACCCCUGCGAUGCCUCCGUCACGAGCCCAGCCGAAGCCGGCGGCAGUGGCUGCAGCUGCUACAGCCGCGCCAGGGGCUGGGCUAGGAAAGCGCAGGACGCGGGAUGAGGACACGGAUGCUGAUGACGAGGAUGAGAUGGAUGCAAGGGAGCGGCGCAGGGGCCGCGGCGCGGCAGGCGCCGCCAACGGCACUGUCCAGCUGCCUCCCUACGCACACACUACAGCUGCCAUGCAGCCAUCCCAGCAGUCCAAGCAGCCACAGGCGCCAGUGGCGCACGGGCAGGCGGGGCCCCGGCCCGCGCCCGCGGUGCAGCUUCCGCCCGCGCCUGCAGUGGCAGCAGCUCCCAUCGCAAACGCCGCGCUUGUGGUCGCGGCAACACGCGCGCCUGCACAAGCAGCGAUUGCAGCAGGCCGAAGGGACAAGGACAAGGAGGAGGACGAGGACGGGGAGGAGGACGAGAUGGAUGCCCGCGAGCGGCGGAUAGGUCGCGGCCGUCCGCCGCCCUUCACUGCUGCAGCUUCUACAGCUCCCGCUACUGCCGUGGCACCUGCCGGUGUGAACGGGCAAGUUGCUGCAGCGGCGGCCACGGAGCCGCCAGCAGCUGGGGCGGUGGCGGCGCCGGAUGCGAGCGACGAAGACAUGGCGGCGGUGCAGGCGGCAAAGCGGCAACGCAUGCUGUCGCAGUUUGACGUACUGGAGCGCUGCUACCUUCAGAUGCGGGCCGCGAGGACUUCUCUGUCAGGCGGCAUGGGGCUGCCAGGGGACGGAUCGAUAGGGCACCCGCCCGCCGCCACCGGCGCCACCACAGCCAUGGGCGCGCCCCCGGCCGCCGGCAGCAGCCUCCUGCUACAGCCACACGUGCUACAGCUGCAGCAUCAGCCUGAGCUCACGCAGCAGCCGCUGUCCAUCUCGCCCUUCGGCGCCCCCGCCGCAGCGGCGGCAGCGGCCGCGCACGCACUGCCGGCUGCCGCCGGCGCCACCGCGUGCGGCAGCGUGCACCCGCGCCGCGCGUCCGUCGGCGUCGGCGGCGCCUGCGGCUGUGCGGCAACGGAGGACGACGCUGAUCUCUCCACCUUCGGAGCCGUGCUGGCAGCCACGACACAAUACAGUCGAUUGGAGAUGCUCGCAGCAAUCCCGCGAUACGGGUCUGAGAGGUCAGGGCCCGGCGCCGGCGGCGUGCGUGGCGGCGGCAACGCCGCGGCGUCUACGGGCGCGGCGGGUGUUGUGCCGUCCGGCGGGUUGCAGAUCUUGUCCAGCAUUGAGUUCGACUUGGAGGACAACCUGUUUGCCACGGCCGGUGUGGUGCCCCGGAUCCUGGUGUACGACUACCAGGCUCUGUUGGCUGCUGCGCCGCACAGCCGCGGCGGCGGCGGCGGUGGUGGUGGUGGCGACGGCUCGGGGUCUGCGGGCGCCAUCGCGGCGGCGCGCCCCGUGCUGGAGCUGACUGCCCGCACUAAGAUGAGCUGCCUCAGCUACAGCCAAGGCGUACGGCAGCACCUGCUGGCGGCGGACUUCCAGGGGGGCGUGGCGCUGUGGGACACGGUGGCGGGCAUGCAGGUCCAAGACUACGAGGCACACGAGCGGCGCGUGUGGGGCGUGGACUUCUCGCCGGCGUCACACCAUAUGUUCGCCAGCGGCAGCGACGACGGACUGGUCAAGGUGUGGUCCACGCAGCAGGCCCACAGCUGCAUGGCGCUCGAGCUGCGCGGCAACGUGUGCGCCGUGGAGUGGCACCCCACCGACCCGCACCUACUGGCGGUGGGGUCCGCGCUGCACUGCGCCCUGGUGUACGACACACGCCGCCCCGCCGCGCCGCUGCACACCCUGCUGGGCCACCGCAAGGCCGUGUCGUACGUGCGCUGGCUGUCCGGCAGCCGACACGAGCUCGUGACCGCCUCCACCGACUCCUCCCUCAAGCUCUGGUCCCUCGCGCCGCCCGCCUCCUCCGCCGCCGCGGUCGAUGCACUGGCCGCAGACGCCGCCGCCGGCGGCGCAGCCGCCGGAGGCGCGGCGGCGGCCGCUGCUGCCGCCAGCUCGUUCCGCAGCGCGGGGGCAGAGCUGGUCCGCACCUUCACCGGCCAUAUGAAUGAGCGCAACUUUGUGGGCAUGUGCACGGACGGCGUGGGAGACUACAUUGCCUGCGGCAGUGAGAGCCACGAGGUGUUCGUGUACUACCGCUCGCUGCCUCAGCCGGCGUUGAGCUACCGCUUCCCCACCAGGCCGGAGUUUGACCGCCCGCACGGUGCGCCGCCCGGGCACCCCGCGCCGCACCACUUCGUGACGGCACUGCAGUGGCGGCGCAACAGCCCGCACCUUCUGGCUGCCAACAGCGCCGGAAACGUGUGGCUGCUAGGGCUGCAGCUGUAGCAGCUGUGGCAUUGCAUCGUGUGCGCGUGUUGUUGCAUUCGGUGUGUGGGAUCUGGGCGCAUGGAGGUAUGUACAAUUGGACGCCAUGGCAUGUGGUAACAGAUGCUUUUGUAUGAUUUUGCGCCUGAAUAGCUAGAGUCAGACGUGCUUGGUAACACGAAAGCAGCACAGCAGGCAGCUUAGUGCACUGGAUGACAUGAUGCAAGAUACUGAAUGUAUGUGAGAGUGUCCGUGAGCGUGUACGCAGCAUGAAGUCUUCGCAAUGGGAAGUUUUGUCGAUCAUGCACCCAUUUUCGUUCGUUUUUGUUAAGUAGCAGCGGGAACUAAUGCACUCUUACUCAGGCAACUACCUGAUCAAACACGCAAACUGGGUACCACGCCGGCUUGUAGCUAUCGCAGUCAACGCUGCCCAGAUCUUACCCGCUUUGUUAGGGGUGUGGGCAUGUGCGUAGCGGACGGGGCCGGAAAGGCCGCGUGGCGGAGGAGAGCGAGGCACCGCCCGAGGAUUGGCGCCGGCGCGCAGGUUGAGACCUGCCGGUGUCUUUGGUGGUCUUUACUGGCGAGCAUAGCAUAGCAUGUGUGUGUUGUCCUGCGCCUGCUGUUCUUGUGCUUGACACAUGGCGGGCCGUGCCUGUAUGUCCGGAAGAUGAGGUAGUGUCGAAGCCUUCGGCCUCAGACAGAUGCAUCAACGUGGCGUGCAUGCAGCCCACUUUCCCCUUGGGAGUGCGAUGGGACAGUGUCAAGGCAGGUUGGUGAAGUCCCGUAGGGUGCAGCUGAUUCCCAGAACCCAGCAGAUGGCAAACAAUUUGCAACGGCAGGGGAGGAGUGCGCAGCUGGUCGAACGCAGGAGUGACUGUACCGACAAGUAGCUGGCUGGCUGGAAGUUUGCUGACGCGCAUUUCCCCUUGGGAGGGAGACUGGGAGAGCCACCUUUCUUGUCGUUCCAGGGCAGCAAGGGAUGCAGAAGUACGGCAGCCUGCUCCAUGGAACGCGGAAAUAUUUGGUACAGCAUCAAAGCAGGGGCGCUGAUGAGUCCUGUAGCCGACCACGAAUGCAUUGUAAAAUACGGCACGU